AUGCCGGCGGUCCAAGUGCCGCUGGCUUCGGGGGGCUCGCCAGCCUCUCCGGCAACGGAACUAACAAGCGGCCAACGUAGGCCGCCGUCGGCGACUUCAUCCCCGAACGCUAAGGGAGAAAAAGAAGCGCAACAAAGCAAGAAGAGAGCUAAGCCGACUGUGACUAUCCCAACUGUGCAGGGGGACACGGAUGUUAUCCUGGAGGACGUGCAAGAGACGACCGGCGCAAAGCAAAACCCGGCAAGCCCUAGGCCGACAGUCUGGGGAACGGGAACAUCAGCAGCUCGCCGACUGUUUGGGGAAGGCACCCGUCUGGAUAGGUGGUACACAGCUGACUCAGACUCGGAGGAUGUUGCGGCGGCAAUCUUAGAGGAUGGUCGGGAGGGCGGUCUCGGGGAAGAAGAAGACGACCCACUCUGCCCCCAGGUUUACUUUUCGGCGGCGGAGGAGAGACGCUAUAGCAGGGAGUGGAGAUCAGCCCUAAUCGUGAAAGUUUUGGGGAAGUCCUCCUCAUACACAGGGAUAUCCAAGCGCCUAGACACGAUCUGGGCGAAAGCGAGCGGGAUACAGGUUGCCUCAGCCAAAAACGGGUACUACGUGGUCCGCUUCACAAGCGGCAUUGACUAUGAGAGAGCGGUAACGGGUGGACCGUGGAUGAUGGGGGACAAUUACCUUACAGUUCACGCUUGGGAGAGAGACUUUAAUCCAUACAGGCAUGAGAUCGCGUCUACCAUUGUGUGGGCAAGGCUGCUAGACAUAACAAUUCACUACUUCAAUACGGAAGCUGUUAUGAAAAUUGGGCAACGAAUUGGUAAGCCUAUCCGCGUGGAUCAGGCGACGAGCACUGGAGCACGGUUGGACUAUGCUCGGGUCUGUGUCCAAGUUGACCUCACCAAACCUCUCUUAUCAAUGUUCAAAAUUAAUGGCGUCAAAUACUUUAUCCAAUAUGAAGGGCUGGAGAAGAUUUGCCUGGAAUGUGGUCGAUACUGUGAUAGGGCACAGUGUACGUGUAGAGUGUCAUCGGAGUAUAUGGAGACAGACAAAGGAAGUGCGGCUGACAAACCAAAGCAGGCCGAACCGGAAACCCCCUAUGGGGACUGGAUGAUUGCCAAAAGGAAAAAUAGGACGAACCGGAAGGACAGUAACUCACAGUCGGGGAAGGGGCAGCCCAAACCGAUGGAGGGAGCUCCGGAAUCACCGAAGGGGUCUAGGUACAACGUGCUUCAAGACGAUGAUGAACUGGUGGAGGACCUUAACUCGAGCUCAGAAGCCCCAGAGAAACCGCCGAGUACAGCCAAGGCCACAUCCAAGGGAAAGAGCAAGGAGGUAGAGCCAAGGCAGCCCGCUGCUUUGAAGACGAAAGCGGUCUUCGUUGAGCCAGCCCAGGAGGUUGAGAAACAAGAUGGCCAGAUGCAUAGGGAAAUUCAGCAACAGAAGGGGCAUGAGAGCAGUGGGAAGAAGGGACUUACCUUCACGGGAAAGCAACAAGCUUCUCAACUCCAAAACCAAAAUUCAUGCCCACUGGCCCAUGCAGACAGCCACCACCGGGUCAAGCGGCCCAUGCAGUCUACUUACAACCGAGGAAUGGAGAGUGUGUAA